UUGGCCUUUAAACAAACAUGACAGAUGGAUCUAGCUGCACAGAACGUUGUCGUGCGUGUCGUCUGCCACGACUGGAUCUAAUGAUUUCUGGACUAUUCGCAGAACACUAAACAUGGCCAUCCUCCAGAGGCUCCUGAAAUCAGCUUUAUGUUGUGAAAAAACACUCCUGGUUCCAACUUCAAGAUGCAUGUCAGGCCUACAGAGUCGUCUCAGUUUAUCAACCAACUCAAACUCCAUCCAGAGUAAUGGAGAAUGGAAUGGAAAUGCUUCCACAAAUAUUAUUAUGAAUUUAUCCUCCAGUUCUUCUGACCCAAAGAAAUUAUCUUUUAAUUCAUUGCUUCAGCGAAUAGAUGUUGCAAUCCUGCCAAUGUCUCCUGUGGAACGCCUGAUCAAACUUCAACUCCCAACUAUUUCAAAGCAUGUUAGUCUUGAAAUGCCAACAACCAAAGCUUCUUUGACCAAUGUCCAUAUCAACCAAAAGGUAAUUGAAUACCAAGCACCUCAACGAGGAAAGGUUAUAAAACAGUUAGCAGUUCAUAUGCUUAAUGUAAGGCGUCGUAAAAUGAAAAAGCAUCAAAGAAAGAAGUGGUUGAAAAAAUUCCGUAUUCUACGCAUGACUGUGUCUAAAAAGAGAAGGAUGGCAAGAGAGACAAUAUUCCUCUCUGGGCUGGAGGAGGAGAUGAAAUUGGCUGAAUCUUUCAAUGCUGAGCAGUAUGCCGCUGAAAAAAUCAAACUAGCCUACAGACCCUUACCACAAAAGGAGGAAUGGGUGAGGCCGCUGCCUUGGGAAUUUCAACCUUUGUACUUUAACUCUGAUGCUUACAAAAAAAGUAAAAAGUAAAUCCUGAUUGUUCCUGAAAUUGGAUCAACUUAUUAUGUCCUUUCAUAGGGCGCAAUGGUUUGUUGAAUAUGAAUGUUUCAGUGUGUUGUUUGAUGUGCUAAACAAUUGAAAAUGUACCAUUAAGUGUGAUUUGUUCACUGUAAAUGUCUUGUGAAAAUAUAAUAACUAUCUACCUUA